AUGAGGCCCAAAGUGGAUGGCGUUGAUACCUCGAAAAGUCUCCGGAGGCCUACUAUCUCGUUAGUAUCGACGCAAAAUUUAACAGAUCAUGUGGUGCCCAAGAAGGCGAGAGACUUACCGGUCAAAGGGAUCAUCGUGGCAGAAGUGUCCGGAGCCAGCAAGCUCCUUGGACCCAGCAUCAAUAGCCAAACGCGCACCCUUCUCCACCACAACAUUCGUCGGCCAAACCUCGAUAUCUACUCCAUAGACCUCACCUGA